GGGCAUUAUUCCAUCACAAGAUUAGCACAUUUGUCUGCAGUUGGUGGGAAAAAAAUAUCAGUGAUCAGCAUUGUCAGUCAAAUUGGAUUCGACGUCUAUACUUGUCAAUGGGUCAAAACAGGCGCUUUCGUGCUGCCGCCGCCGCCGCCGCUGCUUCUUGUCUUUCUUCUUCUUCUCCAUCAUGUUUGGGAUGCUGAAAGAUCACCUCCAGCCCAGCUUUUUCUUCUUCUUCGUCUGCUUUUGCCAUCUCAUGGAGCAGCAGAAAGUUCAAGCUGGUAACUGCUGGCUGCAGCAGGGCAAGAACGGGCGCUGCCAAGUGCUCUACAUGCCCGGCAUGAGCAGGGAGGAGUGCUGCAGGAGCGGCAGACUGGGCACGUCCUGGACCGAGGAGGACGUCCCCAACAGCACGCUCUUCAGGUGGAUGAUCUUCAACGGCGGAGCCCCCAAUUGCAUACCUUGCAAAGGUGGAGAGUCGUGCGAUAACGUGGACUGCGGGCCGGGCAAGAGGUGCAAGAUGAACAGGAGGAGUAAGCCGCGCUGCGUUUGUGCGCCAGACUGCUCCAACAUCACGUGGAAGGGACCCGUGUGCGGCUCCGACGGCAAGACCUACAAGGACGAGUGCGCGCUGCUCAAGGCCAAAUGCAAAGCCCACCCGGACCUCGACGUGCAGUACCAGGGGAAAUGCAAAAAAACGUGCCGCGACGUGCUGUGCCCGGGCAGCUCCACCUGCGUGGUGGACCAGAGCAACAACGCCUAUUGCGUGACGUGUAAUCGGAUUUGCCCCGAAGUGACGUCGCCCGAGCAGUACCUGUGCGGCAACGACGGGAUCGUGUACGCCAGCGCCUGCCACUUGAGGCGGGCCACCUGCCUCCUGGGCCGCUCCAUCGGGGUGGCCUACGAGGGCAAAUGCAUCAAAGCCAAGUCAUGCGAGGACAUCCAGUGCGGCGGCGGCAAGAAGUGCCUUUGGGACGCCCGCAUGAGCCGAGGCCGCUGCUCCCUCUGCGAAGACACGUGUCCGGAGAGCCGGACGGACGAGGCGGUGUGCGCCAGCGACAACACCACCUACCCCAGCGAAUGUGCCAUGAAGCAGGCCGCCUGCUCCGAGGGGGUCCUUCUGGAAGUCAAGCACUCGGGAUCUUGCAACUCCAUCAGAGAAGAACAGGAGGAGGGUGAGGACGAUGAAGACUACAAGGCUUAUGUGAGUUUAUCUUUACUGGAUGGAUAGCCCCUCCCUUAUUAACCACCCCAGUCCUGAGGAACCAUGUCCAUACUGUACAUGAUGUGUAUGCUUAUUUAUUUUGAAACAAAAAGGAAGUAUACAUAUAGUCCAGUCUGCUAGAUGUUUAUUUAUACAUUUUUUGUGUGUGUUUGUUUUUUCUAAUUUAUACAUUUACAAUGUCAGGCUUACAAUCUACCACUCAUUUUCUCCCUUUUGUUUGUUGUUGUUGUUGUGCUUUUCAAUUUUCAAUUUUUUUUUUUUUUUUGUUAUCAUGAAGAAAUAUAUUUGUCCAAAGAGAAACAGUGUUAUUUAUUUGUCACGUUACUAUGUAAUGCUGUAAAUUGCAUUCCGCUUUCAUUCAGCUGUAAGAAAAAAAAGAAAAAAAAAACAAAAAUAGUGAAAGAAAAACUGCUCGUUAUUGUUAAAUCUCUACCACAGAUGUUUAUGUCACUCCUACGUAAAUGCAUGUUUAGGCUGUGUGUUUAUUUAUUGGGGAUAUAUCAACUUUCAUUUUUCUUUUUAAUGUACAGAUGUGUUACUGGUUUGUUUACAGUUUAUAAUAAUAACUGACCAAAGGGAAUCUCUCAAUGGUUUUUCAAAACAGAUGCAACACAGCAGUAAUUAAAAAUGGAAAGAAUAAUGGUUCUUUUUCCUGUUUGUCAGUUGACUUUUUUGGCCUUUAGCUGUUGUACUUUGUUAGCAUUUAUAUUGUGUAUCACUAGAAGAAAGAAGAGGUACGUUUGGGAUUAUACUUGAUGACCUUUGAAACAAUGUGCCAUUAACAUUUGUGUGCUCUCGUCUUUCUCCUAUGCCAAUGUUGCUCUUGUCGAAUUUCGACGGGAUUAACGCGUAUGUUACUGCAGUAUUCAACUUAAUAUCACACUUCAUUGACUGCUUCUUUUCCUCUCGGUUUGCUUUUUUUCUUCUUCAAAGCAUCAGCAAGAGAAAUACAAAAUUCCGUUAUGAAUAUAUAGUUUUGUAUUUUUUAUGUAAAUGUCAUAUGUACAUACAAAAAAGUUUGAGGGUAUUUGUACAGAUAUGAAGAGUAAAACAAUAAAAAGUUUUUUUUUUCCUUA